GUGUGUGUGUGUAUGUGUAGUUUCGUCCUGGCUGCGGUGUCCCCGGCGGUCGUGGUCCCCUCCAUGUUGCUGCUGCAGAAGGAAGGAUUAGGCGUGGAGAAGGGAAUCCCAACCCUCCUGAUGGCUGCUGGGAGUUUUGACGACAUUCUGGCCAUAACUGGGUUCUCCACCUGUCUGGGAAUCACCUUCUCCACAGGGGCCAUGUGGAUGAACAUCCUGAAGGGUCUGCUGGAGGUGGUGGGGGGGGUCAUAGCCGGGCUGAUCCUGGGUCUGUUCCUCUGCUGCUUCCCCAGCAACGACCAGGAGGACCUGGUUCUGACGAGGACUAUCCUGCUGUUGGGUCUCUCCAUAUUUUCGGUCUUCUUCAGCCACGUUAUUGGUUUUGCCGGAGCUGGCGGUCUCUCCACGCUGGUGCUGGCCUUUCUGGCUGCUCUGGGCUGGAAAACCGAAAAGGCUCCGGUGGCGGCCAUGGUGGGUCGGUCCUGGGAUGUUUUCCAGCCGCUUCUCUUUGGUCUGAUUGGAGCAGAGAUCAGAAUAGCAAGCCUCAGCCCGAGCACCGUGGGUCUGGGUCUGGCCUGCAUCAGCAUCGGCCUGGUGAUCCGUCUGCUCGUCACCUUCGCGCUGGUUCACUUCGCGGGAUUCAACCUGAAGGAGAAAAUCUUCAUCUCUGUGGCCUGGCUGCCAAAAGCCACCGUACAGGCUGCUAUUGGCUCCAAGGCGUUGGACAUGGCGAGGGAGGAGGGUGACGAGACCUUGAUUAAGUUUGGUUUGGACGUGCUAACGUUAGCCGUGUUAGCAAUCCUGGUCACAGCGCCCAUCGGAGCGCUUGGUAUCGGACUGGCAGGACCACGCCUCCUGGACCGACAGGUCAAAGAUGAUGCAGAAGGCGGAGCCACAGAUCCAAGCUGCAACAUGGUUGGUCAAGAAAAAGUCAACACGGCCCUCGAGAGCAAGCUGUGAGGCCUCUGAUUGGACAAACUACAGUUUUAUAUUUCUUAUAUUCAAACCUUCUUCAGGUGCAUAUAUACGUGUAAACAUUUAUAUACUGUAUGUUACUUUCAUAGCUUUUACUAGCUAUUUAAGCGUUUGCUUAAAGGAGCUGUAUAUGACGCAACGACUGCAGAAGCUAAUUUAUUAACAUUUUCGAACCGACGACAAGUUAGUAACUAUCAAAAUAAGUUGUCAACAUAAGGAGAUACAAUGCAUAAACUGUUUUUAUAUGUAACACUUAGCUUUUUGGUACAGUUACUAUUCAUCAGUUUUUGUUAUGUAUGAUUGUAUGUUGCUUAGAAGUUCUUACGAAGUCUUGUACAAAGUUGUCCGACCACACCUAAAGUCUGUUUCCCGUUUUCUCUUAUAUCAUUUAAACAUGGAGAUAAGGGAAUUUAUUUUCAGAUAUUUUGAUUGACGUAGCACUCUCUUGUUCAUACGAAAAGUUACCGAAAUAUUUGUAUGAUGAAUGAUAAAAGAUAAGGUGAGAGGCUUUCAAACCCAGCAUCCAAAAUUGAGUGUUUCAGACACUUUUUAACGAUCCAACAAGCACUCCUGUUGGUGUUAUAGGUUGCUAAUGGUAAUUAGCUGAGCAGGUACUUUAGUUAGCGGGCUAACGCGUUGACAUUAUUUAAGCAUACAAUCAGUCAGAACUGGAUUAAUGAGGGAAUAUUUUACGUAAAAGCAGAAAUUAAUCAAUCU